GCACCCCUAGAGUCCUCGAGAAUCGUGCUUACGAAUCUCGUGACAAAGGGUUUUGGUUCAAUUGUGCCCAAACCCAAAUACAGUAGUCUUUGAAAAACACGUCUUUGUGACUAUUUUUCAAGAAAAACAAAUAAGUGCAGAAGCAACAACCUAGAGCCUCGUCGACUGAUUGAAAAUUUUGAACUGAAUAUUAUCCCACGAAAUGUCCUGUCGCCUCGCUGAGCACAAGAAGGAAAAGCGUGCGCAGCAGGUGCUGUACACGCGCGGACCCGGCUCCUCCCUCAAAUGGCAGUAUAAUGGCAGCAGCUUCCGCAAUCGGGCCGGAAGAUCCCCGGAACGAUCAGAUGAGCUCCGACGUCACGGCCAUAGAGGGAGGUCCAGAGAUCGUUCCAAGGAGCGUGACCACCACCGCGACUGUGACCUCUCCAGACGCACCAACCAGAGUCGUCGCUCGGAUUCGCCAGAUCCAGGCGAAGGCCCUCGCCUUCAGAGCAUCAGUUGGCGGCCCCGUUCCCAGCAGCCGAGCGCCGCACAGCAGGAUGACCCCCAGAGCCAGCCAGGGAUUGGACUAGGCAGAGGCGGGUCGUCUGUUCCGUGCGCCCGAGACCGCAUUCAUCGGGAGACACAGGAGAGGCUGAAGAAGCUGCGGUCGACCUUGGCCAAGGACCCGAAAAUGUCGGCCACCACCAAGGCGGGGAAGAGCGGCUCCUACUUCGCCAACGAUGGGUCUUUCUUGGAUAUUUUCAAGAAAAUGCAAGAGGAACAGAGCACUAUCGCCCGGGAGAGUAGUGCAGUCGCUCCCUACAUUGUCGCUACGGCGGUCGGCGCCCCAGCGCCACCGCCCCUCUGCGUGGGACGUCGUCGUGGUGGCAAGGUCCUGAAGACCGGCCGGGUGCCCAAGCUGCAAGAUCGCGCCAAGAAGAAGGUGGAUCCAAAGGACUUCUGGUCCGUCUACCUGGCCGAGGUCGAGAAGUACAACACCACUGGCUGUGAGAAGGCAGAAGGACAUUCCAAGUUGGUCAAGUAAGACCACGCCCACGACCACUGCCCCAUUUGUUGCUCUACUGCCCGUCAAUACGCUAAUCCCCGUGCAGGCCCAAAUAAACUGAAAUCUGGCAAGGCCGGUGCUUA